AUAUUUAAUUCAGGGACACGGACACGGAAAUAUACACGUAUAUAAGAGAGGCGUCUUUUAGCUUCUUUUAAAUCAACGAAAACAGAGGAGAUUAUUGAAGUAGGCUAUACAACACACGAUGAAGACAUUGGUCGCUAUCGCCGUUGUCGUGACGCUCUUCCCAGUUUCAUUCUCAGCUCGUCUUACACCAGAUAUACCGCCUAAGGAGUGCAGGUCGUCGUCAGAGUGCGGAAGGAACAGUUGUUGUCGGGAUGAGAGCGGGGCGGUGGUAGGUCGGUUGGACUCGGGAAGUUUCGGCGAUCUUCUCCUGGGCGGAGGUCCGGGUUCUGCAGGGUAUGGUUUGUGCUCAAAUGAACUCCAACAGAAGGGCGAAGUAUGUGACCCAUCCACAUGUAGCUGUGGCGAAGGUCUGGAGUGCUACCGGCCUAUGUCCGGGGUUUGUUGCCUUCCCCACAGGUGUUACGAUGCCGAGUGGGUUGCAGAAAGACGAGAAUAUUGGAGAAAUUGUUUUUCUAAUCCAAAAUGUCAUUUACCUGCAUAAAUGCUUCCAAUAAUCA